AAAAUGGAUGAAAUUAAAGAAAAUUUUCUUAAAAAAUAUGUUAAUCCAGAAAUGAAAGCAAAUGAUUGGGGUAAUUUUAAAACCGAAAUUAAUGAGUUACUAAAGGAAUUUUUGAAAUUAAUAUUAAUUAAAGAUUGGGCGACGAAAAAUGAUGUUUGUUCUUUUUCUAAAUAGUUUACAUAUA